AUGAUUCUCAAGGUUUUUGGUCAAAAUGGUUGCACAUUUGCCCUAAUUUUGGCCAUUCUCUCCAACAUUGAGUCAAUUAUCGCAUUAAAGUACUCGUCUGUCGGACGAUUUUCACAGACUUUGGUUGGAAAGCAUCUGUUACAACCAGAAAAUGGCCGCUAUGGAGCCUCGCUGAACUCUGCCUUUAUAGACACUCCCAGGCAGCUUGGGUUAUCCCCUGGAAGGAAUGCUCCAGUCGCAAGCCAGAAGCAUAUUUUGGAAAAGGAACGUUACAUAAGGAAAGAGGGACCAGUUGGAUUCCAACGAGUGAAGAAGAAACAAGAGAAUUUAGAUAGAACUCAACGGUUUAAAAAGGAAUUGGAAUCUAAAAUCCCAAAUGUGUCAAUCAAGAGUAUAUGGGACCAUUUUAAUUACACAGGUGGUAUUCGCAAAGGUAUCUUGAGUGGCAAGCAGUACCCAUCUAAACAUGCCAAGCGCCCAAAUUACUACAAGACUGGGAUUCCAGAGUAUGUACCAUACCCUGGAAAAGAUAGAAGAAAGGAGGAUGAUCCAAGGGGAACUUUAAAGACCCCUAGUGAGAUCGAGGGUAUUAGGAAAGCAUGCAAAAUUGCAAGGGAAAUUUUGGACUCUGUGCAUGACCUGAUUGUUGAAGGAGUUUUUACAGACGAUAUCGAUCGCAGAGUUCAUAAAAUGUGCGAGAUUAAAAAGGUUUACCCAUCGCCACUAAACUAUAAUGGGUUCCCAAAGUCUGUCUGCGUUUCAGUUAACGAAGUAAUGUGUCAUGGGAUUCCGGAUUCUACCGUCUUAUCCGCUGGAGAUCUCGUCAACGUCGAUGUUACUGUGUAUGUAGAUGGAUUUCAUGGUGACAUUUCCGAGACAUUUAUAGUUUUACCUGCGCAGAAAAAACUAAAGCCGCAAAAACUCAUGGGAGAUUAUGAACGUAACAAAAUGAAUCACCACGCUUCUUUUCAUAACAACAUGGCAAAUAUAGCCACCCAUAUAACCGCUCAGCAGGGGAUAACGGGAUCUCUUUCUCAUCUUUCUAGGGGUAUAAAGCCACAGCAAGGAUGGGCGGACAUGUUAGAGCGGAUAAAAAAAUACUGGCAGGUUAACAAGGAUCUUUUUGAAAUAAAUGCUACACCUAAGAAUCAAGAAGCCUUGCGAGUUGGAGUGAGAUUGGCAAAUGAUGUUUAUGAUGGCAGAAUCGUGGGACUCCCAUCGGCAUUAUUUCCUACAUAUAUUUCCGAUCUUGAAGGUGGUAAAAGGUUCAUAGACUCCGAAUUUCCUGACAUCACCUUUAAUCUCCUGCCCAAACAUGAUCCAGAUAGAUAUUACAAGCCGUAUUUGUUUUCUCCCACGUUUGAUUCGGAUGUUGAACUAAUGAAAAUCACACAUGAUGCGUUAAUGGAAGUUAUAAAGAUCUGCAGACCUGGAACAAAGAUAUCUAAGAUUGGAGAGUUCUUGACUAAAUAUGCGAACGAUCGUGGAUGUAACGUUUAUCCAAACUUUUUUGGUCAUGGUAUUGGCAGAAACUUUCACGAAUUUCCAUAUAUAUCCCACGUUGAGAAUGAUUCUAAUAUAAAAUUGCAACCUGGGAUGGUCUUUACAAUCGAACCUAUAAUGGUCAAGAGUAGUAAUAUUGGUUAUACUAUGUGGCCAGAUGGAUGGACCAUUGCUGCUUGUAGCGGAACAAAGACCGCACAAUUCGAACACACAAUUUUGAUCACAGAUGGUGAACCAGAGAUUCUCACCAAAAGGCUCCCAUCUUCUCCACCCUUUUACUGGGAGAAUCCGAUAAAAGUCAAAUACUAG